AUGACUAGUAAAAUUAAAUGUUAUUACGAACUGUUGGGUGUAGCUAGAGACGCUAAUGCAGAAGAUCUAAAAAAAUCAUACAGAAAACUGGCAUUGAAAUGGCAUCCAGACAAGAAUCCUGAUUGUUUAGAAGAAGCAACUGAACAAUUUCGUUUGGUUCAACAAGCUUAUGAAGUAUUGAGUGACCCUCAAGAACGUGCUUGGUAUGAUAAUCAUAGAGAAGCUAUAUUAAGAGGAGGAUUAGGUCGGGGUGAUAAAUACACAGAUGAUAGUAUAGAUGUUUUCCAAUAUUUUACAUCAUCCUGCUAUUCAGGUUUUGGUGAUGAUCCUAAGGGUUUUUAUAGUGUCUAUAGAAAAGUGUUUCAUACUAUAUUUGAACAAGAUGUACCGUUUAUGGAAGAUAAAGAUAGUGAUUAUGAAUAUCCAGAUUUCGGUAAUUCUCAGAGUUCUUAUGAAGAGGUGGUGAAAGCUUUCUAUGAUUUUUGGAGUAGUUAUUUUACAUUGAAAUCCUAUGUUUGGGUUGAGAAAUAUAAUACAAGAGAUGCUCCUGAUAGAUACUCUAGACGGAAAGCAGAGGCAGAAAAUAAAAAAUGUAGAGACGCUGCUAAAAAGGAGAGAAAUGAAGAAAUAAGGAAUUUAGUAGCCUUCGUGAAGAAACGUGAUAAAAGAGUUAUUGCUUACAGGGAACUUAUGGAAUUGAGGGCUAAAGAGGCUCAAAGUAAACAGAAGGAAAAUCGAGAGAAACAAAAAAGAGAAAGACUCCAAGCUAUGGAGAAUUAUAAAGAUGAGGGCUGGGCAUCAACAUCUGCUCUAGAAAAUGAUUUUCUACAAUUAGAGAAAACAUUAGCUAAGCAACAUGGAGAUGAUAGUGAUAGUGAUUCUGAUGUACAACUAAAGGAUGAAGAUGAAUUAGAAGAAGAGCUGUUAAUGGAUGAAUUAUAUUGUUUUGCUUGUAAUAAAUCUUUUAAAAGUGAAAAAUCAAUGUUGAAUCAUGAGAAAUCAAAGAAACAUAAAGAUAAUGUAGCUAUAUUAAGAGAUCAGUUAUUAGAAGAAGAAGAACUAGAAAAUAGUAAUAUUGAUGAGAGCAAUCUUAAUUCUGAAGAAGAUUUGCCUAAAUUAGAAGAUCUUACAUUAGAUGAACCUAGACAAAAGUUAUCAAAGAAACAGAAGAAAAAAAGAAGACAGCAAAGAGCAGAAUUGGAGAAAUGUGACAUAAAAAAAGAAUUAGAAGAAGAAAAGGAAGAUUUGCAAGAAGAUAUUGAAGAAAGAUUAUCACCUCAAAUUGAUGACAUCACAGCUGAACAGGAAGUGAAAACUGGGGGCCAUACAUCUGAGGCCAAUUCGAACAGCAUUCUCGUUGACCGCAUACAACACUGCCCCCUAAGAGUUUGGAAAGAUUCUCAGACUUCAAACAAAGAACCUCAACUAUGUAAUGUUUGCCAGAAAAGUUUUACAACUAGAAAUAAAUUAUUUCAACAUAUUAAAGAGACUGGCCAUGCUUUACAUAUAGGAACACAACAAUCUCAGUCUGCCGAAAGUAAAAAAUCCAAAAGUAAAAAACAGAAAAAGACUAAGAAAUAA